AUGGAUCAGAAAGAUCAAGACAUUGUCAAAGGAUAUUGCGAUGAUUAUAUGAAAUUGCAUUUACAGAACUAUACAAAUGAAGAUGACUCUUUUAAGAAAGGUUGUGCCAAUGCUUAUAGGUAUGUAACAGAUUUUUCAUUGCAUCCUAAAAUAUCUGCAUUUUGUGGAUAUACAAAUUACUGGUUCUAUGGUGAGCUGAAAUCACAUGAAAAGAAUGAAAAUUAUGAGGCGUUAUUGCAUGACUUUUUUGAGAGACUAAGUAAUUUUGAAGUUUGCGUACAGUACACUGAAGCUAUUGACGAACAUGAUCUGUAUGAUAAAUUUUAUAAUUUUAAAAAUAAAUCUUCAACUCAACAUGGUAAUCCUUGUGAAGAAGGUAGAUUAUGUGCCCAAGAAUAUAAGAAUCACCAGAUUUCAUGUAAGGGGAAUGGUAACAAUAGAUUUUGUAAUGAAUUAGAAAAAUUUCGAGAUCUAUUUAAUGAUCAUCUGAAAUCAGAAAAUGGGUGCAAAGACAUAAAAGAAUUACCAUCCUUCCAAGGAUCUCCACUAGCUGCUACCAUUUCAAUCCCAUUUUCUGUAAUGUCAGUAAUAUCUUUCUUUUCAUUUGUUACGUACAAAGUGGGUAAUUUUUUUGUAAAAAAGAGAUAA